AUGUCCGUGGCCGCCCCCUCAGUUGUUGCAGCAGGCUCGAAGCAGGCAAUGUUUGGCACCAACCCAUUGUCAGUGGCUGCACCAGGAUGCGACGGGGACAACUUCGUCUUCGACAUCGCCACAUCUAACACCUCUGUCGGCAGGAUCCAAGAGUAUGCCCUGCAGAAGAAGAAGCUGCCAGCUGACUGGGCGCUGGGUAAGAAGGGCACCCCGACCACAGACGCAAAUGACGCUCUGGCGACCAGGAAGCUGCUGCCCCUCGGGGGCUUGACAACGGGCUACAAGGGCUACGGGCUCGCCGCAGCCGUCGAUAUACUUACUUCUGUGCUUGCAGGAGCGCAGUCGGGCCCAAACAUCCCCGUGCACGGCAGCGGCGGUAAAGACUGCAACGACCCGCCAAAGCACGCGUGUCUGGGCAUGAGCUUCCUGGUGCUGGACCCGGACGCCUUCGGCGAAGGCUUCCGCCAGCGGCUGUCGGUCUUGCUGAGCGCCCUGCGCUGCGCGGAACCGGCCGACGCUGCGCACCCCGUCCGCGCCCCCGGCGACUUCUCCAAGAAAUCCGCCGAGCAGUGCGACUGCCGCGGCGGCAUCGCCUACGCCAAGCACCAGCGCGCCGCCAUGGAAGACAUUGCGAAACGCAGUAAGAUCAAGCCAAUGCAGCCAAAUAAGUGA